GUGAAGGGGUUAGAAGGGAAUUGGAUUAGCGAUUGGCAUAAGCAUCCCGCGAGAAAAAGAAAGUCGGUGUUCUUGUUCCGUGAAUGGAAUGCGACCAAAACCCCGCAUCCCUAUUUCUCUCUAUUUCUUUUUAUUUUUCUGAAUCUCUUUGUUUCCCUACAAAUACAAGAAUGCUCCUCAAACUUCCCUACGCCACUUCUCUCUUCUGUAGCGCUUCUAAUUUCUUCUAUUCUGGGGAUCUUGUGAUUUUGUAGAAACCAGGAGCGAAGUUUUUUUGGGUUUCAGCCAACACAACACAUUCAAUUACUCUUGCGAUUUCGCGAGCUUAGCGGCCCCUUAGCUCGGAAUUCGCAACAGGGUAAUCUAGAACUUGGAGGAUUAAAUUUCUCCAUGGGAGAAGCCGCAGCUUUCUUGGUUCAUGAUUUGAAGGAGGGAUUCCCGAACGGGUUCGGUUUAAAAUCGAAAGGUUGUGAAACAGCCACCGUCAUAGGCAAUAAAACAUAUGUCGUUGACGGAGGCUGUGAUGACUCGAUAUUGUCCUUUCGAGUUCAAGUAUUCGAUCAUUCGACAGGAACACGGAUCGAUCCUGUCGUUUUGGGAACGAUACCGGAGCCAUGUAAAGGGCAUUCGGCAAUAGCUUUGAACGAAGAUCAUAUAUUGUUUAUUAAGGGUGAAUCGCCCUUACAUGAUUCCUUUUGGUUUCUUGAGGUGAAUACUCCAUAUGUCCAAGAACGAACACGAUCUUCGGGUUGUGAAGUUGUUGCUUGGAGUAAAGGGGUGAGGGGAACUGUUGAGAAGCCGAUCGUUGUUAGCGGUCCGUCUGGGGUGGGCAAGGGUACUCUUAUAUCCAUGCUCAUGAAAGAAUUCCCGUCUUUGUUUGGAUUCUCUGUUAGCCACACGACUCGUGCUCCGAGAAACAUGGAGAAAGAUGGGCUUCAUUACCAUUUUACGGAACGAAAUGCUAUGGAAAAGGACAUAAAAGAGGGAAAAUUUCUCGAGUUUGCUUCAGUUCAUGGAAACCUCUAUGGAACAAGUGUCGAAGCUGUUGAAGUGGUCGCCGAUGCCGGGAAAAGAUGCAUUCUCGACAUUGAUGUUCAAGGCGCGAGGUCCAUGAAGGCUAGCUCCCUCGACGCUAUAUUCAUCUUCAUCUGUCCACCUUCAAUGGCUGAACUCGAGAAACGUCUUCAUGCAAGGGGAACCGAAACCGAAGAACAAAUCCUCAAACGACUACAAAACGCCAAGGCCGAAAUCGUGCAAGGAGAAUCAUCUGGAAUAUUUGAUCACAUCUUGUACAAUGAUAACCUUGAAGAGUGCUACAAGAGUCUCAAGAAACUCUUGGGGCUUGAUGGGAGUGUCAAUACUUGCACUAAAUCAAUCCCAGAAGAUUUCGACCUUCCUCCGAUCGUUCAUUCGGUGUCAAGGAUCGAUAACAAAAUAAUAAUAACCUACCGAGCUUCAGAUCUCAAGGACGAAUCCCAAAAGAUGAUCGGGCUGGAUUUAACCUCGCUCAAAGGUGGUGCACCUGGCCGGACUAGAGGGUUGGAUGUGUAUCCGAUCAAUUCGGUUUCUAAUGGCUCGAAUAUGAUCAAUCAGCUUAGCUAACAGCUCUACCAAUGAUUUAAGCUACUAACCUGUUACCCUUUCACAGACGAUGACGAAGUGACGACGGUGCAUUCCUAAUUGAAUUAUAUUGAUUCGAGACGACGUUACAAGUUUGAUUUUUCUCGCUCGCGUUUUAAGUUUAGGAAGAGAAACGACUCGAUUGAAAAGGUCGAACGAUCAUUAUUGUUUCUUACGUAGGCUGCUAGAACGUGAUCAUUGAUAUUAGUUUGGCAAAUUGGGUCUGAUCAUUUAUCCAACACUAAUUUGUUAUUGCUUUCUUCUUAGAAAUUGAAAGUCCUAUUUUUCCAGAUUU